AGACCCAAAUCUGGCUGUUACACAUGACCUUUGUUACCUUGACCUCUUCAUAUCAGAUAGAUGACCUCUCCAAGGAUUGUCAAUACAAUGUGAGUGAGUCCCUUGGAACCAUGGUUACAUGUUACUAUGGAAACAAGACCAUCAUACCUAAGUUACUGAACACAAGUAGACCUUACCUAGACCAAGAGUCCUGGAAAUCCCUGAUUGUUCUAGGAAAUUCCAUAAUGACUAUAUUUCCAAUGGAUUACUUUGAAGGAAUUAGGGAUAUCGAAACACUCCGUUUCCAUGACACCUCAAUGAAGUCUAUACCCAAUAUCUUCAUGAAUCUGCAGCAGGUUAACACAAUGGACUUUUCUUUCAAUGAAAUAGAAGAUAUUAGUGCCUUUAACAUACAAAAGCUUGGUAUCCACCUUCUAAAUGUGUCCAGAAAUGCCAUCACAUUCUUGGAGCCAGAUGAUUUAUCAUGGAUUCCUUCUGUUGAAAUUCUAGACCUUUCAAAUAACAUGAUAACUGACAUUCCAAAUGGUUACUUUGGACCAACAAGACUCAUCAGAAAACUGAUUUUAUCUUUCAAUUCCUUGAGGAUCAUCUCUGAACAUAUGUUCUCAGGGCUGGAAACUAGUCUCCAAGAGCUUUACCUAGCAGAAAACAAAAUUUUGGACAUUCAUCCACUCUCACUAAAAAGGCUACUUGAACUCAAACUGUUGGAUUUGUCUGGAAACCCAUUUAAUCUGAAAAUGGAUGCAAGUUCAAUCAAACUUCCACAGCACCUAGUGCAUCUAGAUUUACAAAGGACAGCACUUCAGACUCUGAAAUUUUGCUUUAUCCAUCAUCUGCAUGACCUUGAGUACAUGAAUCUCCAUGGAAACAACCUUGAAUGUUCUUGUGACCUUGUCUGGGUUAGUCAAAACUUGCAGCACCGCAACAAUUUCUUCCCCAACUAUAGACACAAGAGUUCUGAAAUUCAGUGCAAAGACUUGAAUAACAGUGCUGGGAAUGUUUCCACUUUGGUACCAGCAUGUAGAAAUACAACCAAGCCUAUAUGCUUAGAAGCCAGUCCACUUUCUCUGCUUCUAAAAAAUUUACAGGUCCUCCACUACAUGGUAGAGAUCAGAAAAGGAAAAAUCUGGAUACACUGGAGUCGUGUAAAUUCUUCCCUGAUCUAUGCCUUCCGCAUAUCUGUCAAAGAGAUGGGAUCUGAGGACUAUUUCUAUGGCCCUGUCACAAUUCAUUCUAGUUCAAACUCCUUCACAAUUGAAAGUUUUGAUCUAAAAAAUAUCAAGCUUAAGGUGUGCCUUCAUGUGAUGGUUAAUUCAUCUAACGAUAUCUAUACUAAGUGUACUUAUGUUGAAGAUGAAUCUCUCACCAGCAUUGUAGGGAUUUUAGCGGGCAUUAUUUUCCUCAUCCCUUGCAUGAUUGCUCUACUCCUCGUUGUUUAUUAUGACAGAAAACACAAACUUGAACAAAAAUCAAGAGAACAGCUUCUGAAAACAUCACCAGAAUCCGAUUCAGAAGACAAGAGCAGCGAAGUUUACAAACAGGAAGUGAUAAAUGACAUUGAAAUUGAAGUUGUAAAGACUCGGAAAAAACUACUAAAUGAAGGAAUAGUCUUAAACUCUAAAGAUUUAUCUACUUCACAGGUCUCAGUCCAAUUCUUCCCUGAGGAGAAUGCUCCCUCCAUGCAAAAUGAUAUUUCAAUAGUGGAUGGUCAUUCAGCAAAAAAUCAAACUUGAAGUUCAUAAUUCUACACUACUGUCUUGUGAUAGCUAGAGGAUAAACAUUUAUAAACAGUGCUUGAUUUCUUUAUUGGUUUUAGCCAUCAUUCUGUUCACCAUAAGAUUAGUGUAUAUGGAAGUCCUGAGAUUUUUUUUUCUUAUUUUAGCUAUAAAGCAGUGUUCACAUUGUAUUCAAGAGCAGCUGUUAAAUGACUUAUAAGUUGUAAUAUAAUAAAAUGUUGAUUGAUAUAA